AUGGAACAAGAAAUGUCACCACAAAAGAAUGAAGCUGAAAACCAACCAAAGCGCAGAAUCAAAAUGAUGGCUCAAAAGAUCAAAAUAAAGCCAAAGCCAAACUAUGAUCGGAAAGCAAAGCACCCGGACUAUGUCCAAUUUCGGUGCAAUGCCUAUGCUUUCAACAGCAUCAUUAGAGACAUAAAGGACAAGCUCAAUGAAAGGCAGAAGAAGCUUCUCAAGAAAACUCCUUUCUGGAACUUGAUCGAGCUGUUUUACCGCCAGAGAAUUGACAUGAAUAACAUGAAUAAGUCGGACCUUGACUUAGUACAGCUGCUCAAGAAAUUUGAUCCGGAUACAAAGUCCUUCAAAUUUGGAACCAAAUCAUUCCAAAUCACAGGCAAUGUAGUGACUCGGAUUCUAGGACUGCCAAAUGAAGGCAAAUCUGUCAAACUUGUCAAUGAUAGGUACACUGCUACCUUCAGAACAAGGCACUUUGGAGAAAAGGGAAAACCAUCAAAAAACCAGGUAGAAGCAGAAUUACAAAAGACAAUUGCCUUGGCAAACCAACCGAAGAAAGAAAAGGCAAAGACAGAGCAAAAGAAAAAAACGAACAAAGGAAAAGAAAAGAAAGAAGCUGAAGAAGAAGAAGAAGAAGAAGUUGAUUACGACAAGGAGGUGGUCAGCCUAAUAUUGAUUCUGCUGUGCAUGACAUUCCUUUUUGCCAACUCUUCAUCUACUUUGCAUUGGAAAUUAUUUGAGCACUGUGUGAAUCUAGACACACUUUCAAGCUAUUCGUGGGCAAGAGCUGUUUCAGCCUACAUGAAUGAAUCCUUGACCGCAAAAGCAAAAGCAAAAGCAAAGAAGGGAGGAGAAGCCUCUAUAGGAGCUGUUUCGGGUUGCACUAUCCUAAUAUUGUUUCUACUGUGUGAGAGGACAAACAUCAUACAACCAAUCCUUGGCAAGGAGAAAGAAACUCCUGCCAUUCUUAAAUGGAGUCUUGUGGAACUCCACACAAGAUUCAACCAAAUAAAGGACUUGAAUGACAUCGAGGGUAUUUUCAAAACUCCUAAAAAGCGAAAAACUACCAGGGAAGAGGAAGACACUGUUGAGAAGGGUAUUUUGAAAACAUAUAAAAAGAGAAAAACUACCGAAGAAGAGGGAGACCCUCUUGACAAGGAAAAAGAAAAAGAAGAUGAUGAGGGACAACAAGGAGAAGCAGAGGAAGCAGAAAACCAAGGAAAACCUGAUGAUGCUGAUCAAACUCCAGAAUUAAAAGAGGCUGGAAAGAAGAAAAUGUUUGAGAAUGAAGCUGGAAAAGAACCUCUUGCAAUUCAAGACCUCUUGGUGAAGUCCAUGACAGACUAA